CCCGGCCGGCACACGUGGUAGGGGCGGCCGGCUGACGGCGUGGAAGCAUGGCGGAGUCGCGUGUGGUGCCCAGCGACCUGUUCCCGCUCGUGUUCGCCUUCCUGCGCGACAACCACUUCGAGGGGGCGGCGCGGGCCUUCGGCAGGGCGGCCGGAGUGACAGACCAGGAUCCUAAUGCUGCUUCUCUCUUGGAUGUCUUCAACUACUGGCUGAAAUCCCCUGAUGCUAAGAAACGGAAGGCUGUUCCCAAUGGACCCCCUGCAAAGAAGUCCAAGAAAGAAUCUUCCUUGAGCAGUGAUGAGAGCUCCAGUGAAGAAGAUGAGAAAACCACAGCCAAGAAGCCAGCAGCUAAGUCAGCGCCUGUGCCGAAGGUGAUAGCAAAGGCAGCAGCUCCUGCCAAAAAAGCAGAGAGCAGCAGCGAGGACUCCAGCGAUGAUUCGGACUCUGGGGAGGAAGAAAAGAAGCCAGCACAGAAGGUAACCAAAGCCCAGGCCAAGCCAGCUGCCACCAAAACCCAGCCCCAGAAGAAGGCUAAGAGUUCCUCCAGCUCAGACUCCAGCAGUUCAGAGGAUGAAAGACCAAAGAAACAGCCGCAGAAGCAAGUGGCAGCUAAAACAGCAGCAAAAUCAGCAGGAAGUAAAGCUGCCCGCAAAGCGGCCAAUGGCAAGGCAGAAAGCAGCAGCAGCAGUAGCAGUAGUGAGGAUUCUGACAAGGAAAAGGCUGCAUCAGCAAAGGCUGUUCCCAAGAAAACACCACUGCCCAAACCUGCAGUCACCCAGGCACCCCCAGGUAAAGCCAGAGCCCCUGCCAAAGAGAGCUCCAGCAGUGAGGACUCUUCUGACAGCUCGGAGGAUGAAAAGCCAGCCUCAAAAUCAAAGCCGAAGCCCGGUCCAUACAGUGCGGUGCCACCCCCAAAGGUCUCAGAGCCAAGAAAGGGCAAAGCAAAGCCCUCUCUUGCAAAGGCUCCUGGGAAAAAAGCCGAGAGCAGUGACUCCUCAGACAGCAGCUCGGAUAGCAGCGAUGAAAUGGAGCAGGCGCCCAAGAAGGGAACGACAGCCAAAGCAAGUCUGGCUAAAAAAAAACCUGCCCCAACACCCGCUGUUGUGACCAUCAAGAAGGGUGGAUCCAGUUCGGACAGUGACUCCGAUUCCAGCUCUGAGGAAGAGAAGGUAGUGACCAAGCUCACUGCCAAAUCACUUGCGGCGAAGGGUCCUGCCAAACCGGCGAAGGGUCCUGCCAAGCCAGGACAAGCAAAGAAAGGCUCCAGCUCCUCCUCAGACAGCUCAGAUUCUGACAGUUCUGAGGAUGAGACCCCUGCAAAGCCUGCAGUCAAACCAGCUCCACCUGCAGCCAAGAAGCCUCCUGCUGUGGCAAAGAAAGCCCAGAGCAGCUCUGACUCAGAUAGCAGCUCCAGCAGCUCUGAGGAAGAGAAGAAAGCCCCUCCAGCUAAGCCAGCCAGCAAGACAGCUAAGCCAGGGUCCAAACCCUGCACCCUGGGCCCCAAAGACGGCAGCUCAGAUUCUGACAGCUCAAGCAGUGAGGAGGAGCAGAGCAAACCAGCAGUGAAACCAGCCAGCAAAUCACCAGGGGGCACUAAAGCUGCUGCAGGGAAGAAAGCAACUGCCGCUAACAGAAGCAGCAGCUCGUCUGACAGUUCCAGUGAUGAUGAGGAGAAGCCCAGAACAGCAGGGACUCCAGUCGCCGGGUUGAAGUCAGGGAAAGGGACACAGAACAGCUCCAGUUUGGUGAAAGAGAAACCAAAGGCUUCAUCCACACCUGCAGCCAAAUCGCCGGCUACAAAGAAGCCAGAGCCCAAGCCAGCUGGUGGCAGUGAGAGUAGCUCCGAGAGCUCCAGCGAGGAGAAGGGAAAAGCAAAUGGAGGUUUGAUUAAGAAGAAGCGGAAGAGCGAAGAUGACCAGGAAUUGGAGACACCAGACAGUAAGAAAAUUAAGACCAAGACCAGAACGCCACACUCAUUUCCCAAGGUGAAGCAGCCAGCUGUUCCAUUCCGAAGAGUAAGAGAGGAAGAGAUCGAGGUGGAUUCCCGUGUAGCUAACAACUCAUUUGAUGCAAAGAAAGGAGCUGCGGGCGACUGGGGAGAAAAGGCCCACAACGUACUGAAAUUCACCAAAGGCAAAUCCUUCCGCCAUGAGAAGACAAAGAAGAAAAGAGGCAGUUACUGCGGAGGUGCUAUUUCUACCCAGGUCAAUUCCAUCAAGUUUGAAAGUGACUGAGCUGCAGUUGGCUUGGGAGUCCAUCCCCCAUCCAUCCCCCAAAGCCAGCUGGAUGGGCAUGUGAACAGAAUGGACAUGGUAGACCCCAAUCCUGCCUGGAACUUAAUCCUCCCCGCUCUCUUGUGGGGAGAAAGUAGCCCUUGCCAUAGGAUGUGGAAGAGCGGCUGGAUGCUCCCACGUUAUUUCUGACUAAUUCUGGCAUAGCGCCUGGUAAGAGCCUUCUUAGAGCUGGUGACACCAGAUCCUACCCGGGUGUCCUAAUUUUGUACAGUUUUAUUUUAAAAGGCUGGUGGUGCCAUGGAGUUCAGGUUCCCGCCCACCUUGUAAAGCAAAGAAAAUUUAUAUUUUC